UUUUCGCCCCCGCCCCCGCACACACGUUUGAACUUCGUUUUCCACUUUGGAACGAGUCGAACCGGUCGCGCCGCGACUCAUUUCGUAGCUUCUUCCGUCAACACCAAAAACAAGAGACCGCGUCGUUCCCUCCAGAUGGCAGCCGAGGGGGCCAAACUGUGGGGGGGUCGCUUUACGGGCGCCACCGACCCGGUGAUGGAGCGCUUCAACGCGUCGGUGGCGUACGACCAGAGGAUGUGGGACGCUGACCUGAGGGGCAGCAAAGCCUAUGCCAAGGCCCUGCGUCAGGCUGAGCUGCUCGGCGCCGACGAGACGGAUGGCAUCCUGCGAGGGUUGGACCAGAUCGGCGAGGAGUGGAGCCGAGGCGCCUUUGUGCUCAAAGACGGCGACGAAGACAUCCACGCCGCCAACGAGCGCAGACUCAAGGAGUUGAUCGGGCCAGCGGCGGGGAAGCUGCACACGGGCAGGAGCAGGAACGACCAGGUGGUGACCGACAUGCGUCUGUGGCUGCGCGACGGCAUCGCCGCGCUGAAGGACCACGCCCUCCUCCUCAUCUCGGCCUUGGUGGAGCGCGCCGCCGCGGAGAUGGACGUCCUGUUUCCCGGCUACACCCACAUGCAGCGAGCUCAGCCCAUCAGGUGGAGCCACUGGAUCCUGAGUCACGCCGUGGCUUUGCGGCGGGACGUGGAGCGGCUGCAGGAGAUCGGCAAGCGCGUCAACGUCUUGCCUCUGGGCAGCGGCGCCAUCGCCGGAACGCCGUUCGCCAUCGACAGGGAGCUCCUGAGGAAAGAGCUGCGCUUCGACGAGAUCAGCUUGAACAGCAUGGACGCCACCGGCCAGCGAGACUUUGUGGCCGAGUUCCUGUUCUGGGCCUCGCUGUGCGCCACUCAUCUCAGCAAGAUGGCCGAGGACCUGCUGCUGUACAGCACCAAAGAGUUCUCCUUCGUCACGCUCGCCGACGCCUACAGCACGGGCAGUAGCCUGAUGCCGCAGAAGAAGAACGCCGACAGCCUGGAGCUGAUCAGGAGCAAGGCGGGGCGCAUCUUUGGCCGCUGCGCGGGCUUCAUGAUGACGCUGAAAGGCCUCCCCAGCUGCUACAACAAAGACCUGCAGGAGGACAAGGAAGCCAUGUUUGACGCCUACGACUCCAUCCUGGCCGUCCUGCAAGUCGCCGCCGGCGUCGUCUCCACGCUGAAGAUCGACGCCGGCGCCAUGGAGGCGGCGCUCAGUCCUGACAUGCUGGCCACCGACCUGGCCUACUACCUCGUGAGGAAGGGGGUGGCAUUCAGGGAGGCUCACGCCCUGGCGGGCAAAGCGGUGUUGGCGGCCGAGUCCAAAAAGGUGCCCCUGGACCAGUUGACGGCCGAGGACCUGAACGCCAUCAGCCCGCUGUUGGCAGGUGACGCGGCGUCGGUGUGGAACUACGCGUCCAGCGUGGAGCAGUACGCCGCCGCCGGCGGCACGGCCGAGAGCAGCGUGCGCGCUCAGCUGCGGCACCUGCGCGCCUGGAUGGCAAACGUAAGACCGGCGCCUCCGCCAUCGCCUUGAUCGAGCAAAGUCGUGGCGCCGGGGAAGGCGUUUCGCUUGUCAUCCGGCCGGCCGGCAAUCGAUCGGACAAAUAAAUGCAAGACCAGAUUAUUGGGA